AUGUCGAACAUAAGAUCCCUUAGCGACCUAAGGAAGGACGAAAAAAAAAACAAGGAACGGGUAGCGCACUAUACAGGUGGUCAGAACAGCGGACUGGAAGUGGAGAACUCAGACGAUGAUAUGGUCCCUAGUUUCUUCACGUCCAAAUUACCAGAAAACUGCAGACGCAUCACGCUAUAUAAAAAUGGGUUUAUUGUAGAUGAUGGAGAGUUCCGAGAUUUAAAUCUUGAGGAAAAUAAAAAGUUCAUGCAAAACAUCGAGGCAGGUAUUUUGCCCAAGGAAUUGGCUGGAAAGGAUAAAACAAUGAAUGUAGCGUUAAAGGAUAAGAGUAACCAAGUUUACACAAAGGACAAAAUGGAGAGCAGUAAUACAACAUACAAAGGACAGGGAGUGAAGUUAGGGUCAAGUAACACACCAAGUGUUAGCGAAGAAGAAAUAAAAAAACUCGCAGAAUCUACUCCUACUGAUGUUAAAAAUAUCCAUCCAAUUGAGCGCAGCGAACAGACGCUGCAGGAUGCCAAACUGAUAGAUACGCUCAUUACGCAGAAGCUCACACCGUGA